AUGGUUCGCUUGACUAGAUACAAUAUGGCGAAUGGACCGAUAUCAGAUUAAGGACUGUUUUUAAAUGCAGUUGUAAAUAUUCGAGGACAGUGACAUAAAUUUUGAAAUAUCUAACUUUCAUGAAAGGACCAUUUAGAAACUAAAGAUUGGGAAUGUCAACUUUGGUAGAGAAUCCGUUGGAAAGUAAUUUGAGUGGACCUAAACCGACCAUCGACGAUUCGCUGAAUGGAGGAGAAGUCAUACAAUUAAAGGAAGCUAAAUUCAACCAAGAUGGAGUCCUCCAAUACAAAGAUACAGUUUUAGACAAAGAAAACCUGCACUUGGUGGGAUCCCUCAAAAACAAAGAGGACGACAUAGUUAAACAUGACAUUGCAAAACGCCCGAAAGACAGUGCCUCAAAAAAUGAUAUUGAUGGUAAGACAGAAGUGACGGCAUCUUCUCGGCCGGUCACUGGUGUCUCUGUGAAGCAUAUUGGAGACGACAAAAUAGACAAUGGACGAAACACACAGAGUCCCUCUAAAAAGAACGGAAGGCGUUCUCACUCCGACUACGGCAGAUCAUCGAACAUUGCCAAACAAUCUGUGUUGGCCACAGGGAAGGGUAGAUUUGAUCCAAUUCCCUUCCCCAACAGCGCAGACUACAGAAGCAUGCCGAGCCCCCCUCCAAAACACAUCCGAGUUCCAACCAAACUCAUCCGGAUAACCACGGUCACUGUAUCGGCUAAAACGAAACCAGCGCCACGACCACCAAUGAGCAGCCUGUAUUAUGAAGAGCCCAAGAAACCAAAGAAAGUGAUUGGAUGGGAUGAGGCCAGCAAUGCCCGGCCCCCGCUGAGAAUCGACAUGGAGGGACCGGGGCCCUGUUCUUACUCCCCACAGAAUAAACCUCUAUAUGAAACUAACGCUCCAUCCUGGUCAUUUGGAUCCAAAACACAACCCGAUAAAGGUGGGGGAGGCAGAACUUCGUGGGAAAAGUCCUGGUUCCAGAGUCCUCACCUCUACCAGCAGAAAACAGAUUUCUUCGCCGAUAAUGCGUGGCCAACACCCAGUACCUAUACACAACGCCCCCUCCUCGGUCCAAGACAGCGAACCAGCACUGAAGCCCCCUCCUUUAGUAUCGGUGUCAGGAGGAAAUUUGAUCUCGCUAAACCCGAAGCAUCCAAACAACCCUCCCCUGGGGAUUACGAGAGAAACCAAGCAGACAGGGUGAUAUAUAGAUCGAGUCCCUCAUUUUCACACCAGUUCAGACGGGAGGGUACGAUCCUGUGGUCUCAUAAUGAGAAAAACCCUGGUCCUGCAGCCUACAGCCCUAGGUUAGACCAAAGCAAGUUUAUGAGCCCGGCCUUUACUAUUCGGAGUUUGAGACGAGAAAAGUCACAUGUGUUGGGACCUUUUUCUACAUUUUAACUCACUGUGAUAAUGUUGAACAGUUUGUAAAUGGUCUGUGAUCAAAUGUGCGGGGACUAAUUUCUACCGUAUAUGAUUUGAACUUUUGUAAUUUGUUGAACAAUUUGGUACUUGUUCUGUGAACACGUGAUGGGACUAUACUAUAUUUCAGUCUAAGUUAUUGUCAUAAUUUAUUGAACAAUUUUGUACUGUGAUAUCAGAUUUUUAUUAGCUAUUUAUCCUUUUAAUAAUUUUAUAUAUUUAAAAAAGAUCCAAGUUUUGUUGUUUAUUUCUAUUAUA